AUGUCUAAACACAUGCAGGCUGCCAAACAAAGUCUCAGCUCAGCAUGUCUCAGCGCAUACAUCGCCGCCAAACAACAGCAACUGCAUGGACUCAGCAUGUUUACACUGAGCAUGUAUGAGAGGAGAACAACUAGGCUAGGUCCAUACAUGCUACCAAACACACCCUUUGUGUUCGUCCCGCUCAUGUUCCAGGGGCACGUGAUCCCGGCUGUGGACACCGCGCUGCUGCUGGCCACCCACUGCGCGCUCGCCAGCGUCGUCGCCACGCCGUACAACGCCGCGCGCAUCCGCCCGACCAUCGACUUCGCGCGGAAGUCCGGCCUGCCGAUCCGGCUCGUCGAGUUCCCGCUCGACUGCGUCGCGGAGGGCUUGCCCGAGGGAGCCGACGACGUUGACAAGAUCCCACUUGGCCUCGAGGUGAACUACUUCCGCGCCCUGACGCUCCUCACGGAGCCGCUCGAGCGCCACCUCCGCACGCACCCGCCGUACCCGACGUGCAUCGUGUCCGACUUCUACCACGCGUGGACCGUGCAGGUCGCCGCCAAUCUCAAGGUCUCGCGUCUCUGCUUCUUCAGCAUGUGCGCCUUCUGCGUCCUGUGCCAGCACAACGUCGAGAGGUACAACUCCUAUGAAGGCGUAGCCGACGACAAUGAGCCGGUGGUCGGGCCCGGCGUGGAGAGGAGAAUCGAGGUGACGAGGGCGCAAGCCCCCGGGUUCUUACGGGCGCUCUGGUUCGAGAAGAUAGCCGAUGAAAUCGAGUUGGCGCUAGUAGAGGCUGAUGGCAUUGUCAUGAACUCCUUCAUGGAGAUGGAGCCAGAGUACGUCACUGGCUACGCGGCCGCCAGGAAGAUGGAGGUGUGGACCACCGGGCCGGUGUCGUUGUAUCACCAGCACGCCGCGACACUAGCAAACAGAGGGAACACCACCACCGCCAUCGACACCGACGAGUCUCUCCGGUGGCUCGACGAUAAGGAGCCCAGUACCGUCGUUUACGUCAGCUUCGGGAGCAUCGUACAUGCUGACCCGAAGCAGGUCGUCGAGCUUGGACUCGGGCUCGAGGCAUCAGGGCACCCGUUCGUCUGGUUUCUGAAGAAGCCCGACCAGUAUGGCGAGGAUGUGUGCGAGUUUCUAUGGGACCUCGAAGAGCGCGUCGCCGGACGUGGGAUGCUGAUCAGAGGGUGGUCGCCGCAGGUGCUUAUCCUGAACCACGCCGUGGUGGGCGGCUUCGUGACGCACUGUGGAUGGAACUCGACACUGGAGGCCAUCGCGGCCGGGCUGCCGGUCAUGACAUGGCCGCACUUCUCGGACCAGUUCUUGAAUGAGAAGCUAGCUGUGGAGGUGCUCGGAAUUGGUGUGAGCGUCGGGAUCAAGGAGCCGUUGAUGUGGGUGGCGAAGAAGAAGAUCGUGGUGGGGAGAGAGGUGGUGGAGGCCACCGUCAGGAGCAUCAUGGACGGGGGAGGAAAGGGAAAGGAGAGAAGGAGGAAAGCACUGUCUCUCUCCGAGAAGGCAAGGACGGCCGUGCAAAAGGGCGGGUCAUCACUUGGCAACCUGCUAGAUCUGAUCAAGCAUUUCGAGGUGGACGCGGGAGGUUGCCCGGCCGUGCAGAAGGACGCGUAA